AUGGCGCCUAUCCAGAGGGCAGGUAAGACUGCACCUCGUUUGGUUCACGAUAUCCAACUCUAUGACCCAGCACACAUCCCCGACACUGGCCGCAACCUACUCGCUCAAGUUCCCCCGGUAUACUCUUACCCAGAACCGUGGCAAGGCCUUCCUGGAUUCAUAUCACCGAAAGCAUGUAAACACAAAUAUGUGUUGAAGGCAGAUCAGACCUUCGUGGCCCAGGCUGAACAUCGGAAACGGCCAGGCACUUCCUCCAAGAUUGCGGCUGUUUGCUCAGAAUGUCGCUGUCAUCUUCAAGUGGUAGUCAAUUACACCAACGGCAUGAAUUCAUUCAACCAGAACAAGGAAGGACAUAUGCAUCAUCUGGUCUACAAGUCAGGUCGACAGAAGAAUGGCAUGUCCAUGCCGGAGAGAACCGAUAAAGGACAGGUCGCAGAGACAUUUCACUAUCAAUGUUCUUACAUAUCGUGCUCAGCAAUGGUCUCAUUACGAAUUCUUUCGCCAAUCUUGACCCCUGAAUUGAUUCGUUUGAUGAUCGAUCCAGAUUUGUUACAUGAACGAGCCGAACAAGCUCUCGCAGCAUAUCCCGAAUCAAUGGAAGGCAUGGGUGAUCCUCAACCGAUUAGUGUGUUGGAUAAUUUACGACUUUAUAUCAGCAAUGCACUUCGAAAUGCCCAACGUGGAAAGCCCAUAUCGGCGGUUAACAAGAGGUUCAUGCACUCGUUUGGUGUGGAAGGCGCUCCUUGUAAAGGGUUGCUGGAAUUCCUAGAGUUUACUCAUAACAAGGAGACUGGUGCCUGGACACCACCCCAACCAAACGUCAAUGCCGACAAGCCUUACCAAGAUCCGCUUUGCACCUUCCUCGACGACGUCGCGCAUGAGCUUUUAUCGUUGAUUAACCAUCGCCCUCCUUCAGAGCAACGUGGUUCCCAGUUUCCCGCUCUUCCACCAUCCGCCGUCACCCAGAUCUAUUCUGCUCUCGAGGCACAGAACUACCCGAAGGCCAUGCGUGUCGAGGAGUUUGAAAUGCCUCCCGCUCCGUUUUACGAGGACUUGGGUGCCGUGGAGGACAUGUCUGCCUCCGCGAUCGUUGAAGCGUUUGAGCGUCAAAUCUCCGUUGAUCCGGGCAGAUACCCCCUCUACCUUUCUGCCCUAAAGUCAAUUGGGUCCCUUCGCGUUGCUUCCUCAGCUGGCGAAGAUUGGGCCAUCAUUGAUGGAGCCGUGCAACGGGCUUACGCUGAUGGAAAAUACACGGUCGAGGAUCUCGACCAAGCUUAUCGAUACUUUGGUCUCCGAUUGAAUGAUCCGAAUCUCACGGACGAAAGCAUCAUUGGGAAAUUCCUUGCCUUCUUGGGCUCCACUAACCGCGAAACGGAAGCGCGUCAGCAGCUUUGGCGUAUCGGCGAUAGCAGAGCGAGCGAGUCCAUCAUAUCUGCAUCCGAAGACCGCGUCUCCACUGUCGAGCAAGCGAAUGUUUUCCUGGGCGUCGAGGAUCAGACACCCGAUGAUUUCGUUAUGACUAUGUACACGGCCAAGGUCAAUGACAACCCGUUGAACAAAGAACUAGCAAACCGCGCAGUCGCUCUCAUCGCCGCCUCUCGCAAGUCAGUUGCGUUGAACCACUUCAUCAACACUGGGGAGGCACUUGCUUCCGAAAUGGACGUCGGUGAUGCCUAUCGUCUGCUCCAAAUUCCCGAUCGCACUGCAGACGCCGGUGCUAUCAUGGCCGCAUACACUAUCUGCGUUGAUGAAAACCCGGGCCAAAUUGAAAAGUACAACGAGGCUUUGGCUAUCAUUGCCAAACAAACUGACAAUGCUACCUUGCGAAGCAUGGCAGGCAUUAGCCCCGAACAGGAUUACAACGUCUCGGAGUGGCCCGUUGGCUUGCAGAACAUUGGCAACACGUGUUAUCUGAACAGUCUUCUGCAGUUCUACUUUUCAAUUCGCCCUUUUCGUGAGAUGGUUUUGGACUAUGAGAUGUACCAGAUGGACCUGAACGAUAAUGAAACCAUGGCGAAGAAGCAGGUGGGAUCUCGUAAGGUGAUGAAGAACGAGGUCGAGCGAUCCCAGCGAUUCCUCAAUGAGCUGCGGAUUUUAUUCCAAAGCAUGAUCACUUCUUCUCGCAACUCGGUCACUCCCGGUCAGGAACUGGCUCGGUUGACUUUGAUCAGCCCCAGUAACGAGGCAGCCAUCCGUCGUCGCUCGACUAUCUCUGCUAGCAGAAACCAGAUCCUUGGCGAGAUUGGAGGCGCUCCCGUCCUGGGACCGCUUGGCCCCCCAGUAUCCCCCCCAAUGGACAAUGCUGGUCAACCUGCAACUGAUGCAGCCCACUCUGCUCCUGUCAAAGAGUCUACCACGAGUGAUAUGGAUAGUGACUUAACCAUGGUGUCGGGAAAUGACCCCGAUGUCCCAGUGUCCUCUGUCGAGGAUAAGGAAAACGACCCUCCGCAAUUGGACAAAACCGAGGUAGCAACUGAUGAAGACAUGAAACUCGAGGCACGCAUCUCUGUGCCUAACCGGCCAGAGCCAUCUAGCGUGCCACCUCCUGUCCCCCCUCGCCCUGUCCCAGAGGUUGACCGCGAGAAGCAAUUGCAAGAAGAGGUUGAGAUCGGCGCUCAACAGGAUGUGACCGAAGUCAUCAAUAAUGUUCUCUUCCAAAGCCAGUGCGCUAUCAAGCCACGCGGCAUUGGCAGUGACGGCGAGCAGCUUGAUCAGAUCAAAGACCUGUUCUAUGGUCAAACCCGGUCUUACAUCUCCGCCGAGAACGGCAUGCGCUCGAAGGAGGAGCGCUGGUGUGACAUCAAGGUCGACGUCGCUCAUGGAUCUCGGGAUAUCUAUGAUGCCAUCGAUGGGGCUUUUGAUGUCCAGAAGAUCAGCGUUGGAAACUCCGUGGCUGAGCAGUUCGGUUCUAUCAGCCAGCUUCCACCCAUCCUGCAGGUUCAAGUGCAGCGAGUUCAGUUUGAUCCUGUGAAGAAGAGCUCGUUCAAGUCGACCAAUCACCUCGAGUUACUCGAGACCAUCUACAUGGACCGAUACAUGGACACCAAGAACACUGAGUUUGUGGACCGUCGAAACAAGGCUUGGGAAUGGAAGGCUACUUUGAAGAAGCUCGAGGCUCGCCGCGAGGAGUUGCUUAAGCAGCCGGACUUCGAUGAUGGCAUUGAUAUGGCGGAACUGUUCCGGAAGACCGGUGACACGAUCAGCAAUCUGAGAGAAAGUGACUCUGAUAGCGGACCUGACUCUCUGGCGUCUCUGCUCAGCCCGCAAUUGUCGGAUAGCGUCAACUUUCUUUCUGAGGCGGCUCAGGCUGAGCUCGAAUCCAUUGACCAAGAGCUCAAGGACACCCGGACCAUGAUCUCCACCCAGUUCUCCGAUUACCAGAAACUCCCAUAUCGACUGUAUGCCGUGUUUGUGCACCACGGCUCGGUCUCCUUCGGACAUUACUACAUCUACAUCUAUGACUUCCGCAAGGGGAUCUGGCGCAAGUACAACGAUGAGUAUGUGACUGAGGUCUACAACGUGAACGAGAUUUUCGAGAACGACUCCACCAACAACCCUCCAACCCCAUACUUCCUGGUCUACGUCAACGACGCCAUCAAAGACCGCCUGGCCGACCCGGUCUGCCGCGACGUGACCGAAUCGAUGCCCGAUAUGACCGAACAGGAAACACCCGCCUUCGUGGAGGACCCCCGGGCAGCCAGCCCCACCGACGUGGACAUGGACCCCCAAUUCUACGACACUACAGCCCCGCGUGGCACCCCAGAUUCCACAGCCGUCGAUGCCACAGCCGUCAAUCCCUUGAAGCGUAAGAGCGUGGAUGCCGAAGGCAAAACGCUCCCAUCAUGA